AUGUCGGCUCCUAUCUUCCGAGGCGCCUCGCGCAUGCUCCGAGCUGUGCCAAGACGGUCACACCUUCAACAGACUGGCGCGCCGUUCAGACGAUGUUUGUCUUCGCUGAACGUCGAGAGCCAGCAGAAAGUGCGCGAAGGAUCAACUCCUGUCGCUCCAGUGUCUGCCCCUGCUGACAAGGUCGCUGAACAACAGUUGCUGGCCUCCCAUCUCAAGGAGGCCGAUCCGGCCAUGUAUGAGAUCAUAGAAAAGGCAAACAAGUACUCCGAAGGAUACCCCGGAGCUAGGUAUUAUGGCGGCAACGAGUUCAUCGAUCAAUCAGAGAGGCUAUGCCAACAGAGGGCAUUGGAGACCUUUGGUCUGGACCCAAACCAGUGGGGAGUCAAUGUACAAUCCCUCUCUGGUGCUCCCGCCAACCUAUACGUCUAUUCAGCCCUGUUAGACACUCACGACCGGCUCAUGGGCCUCGAUCUCCCUCACGGCGGUCAUCUCUCGCACGGUUACCAGACACCAACCAAGAAAAUCUCCAUGAUCUCGAAAUACUUCGAAACCCUACCUUAUCGUCUCGAUGAGUCAACCGGAUACAUCGACUACGCAAAAAUGGAGGAUCUGGCGAUGCUCUACCGACCCAAGAUCAUCAUUGCGGGCACAAGUGCAUACAGUCGUCUGAUCGACUACGCACGCAUGAAGGAGAUUGCUGACAAGGCAAACUCCUACCUCCUUGCCGACAUGGCACACAUUUCUGGCCUCGUGGCCGCAAAGGUUCUGCCUAGCCCCUUCUCUUUCGCCGACAUCGUUACCACCACGACGCACAAGUCUCUCCGAGGACCCCGUGGCGCAAUGAUCUUCUACCGAAAGGGAGUCCGCCGACAAAACCCCAAGACGAAGCAGGACGAGCUGUACAACCUCGAGGGUCCCAUCAACGCGUCCGUCUUCCCGGGACACCAGGGCGGGCCUCACAACCACACCAUCGCCGCGCUGUCCGUCGCGCUUAAGCAGGCGCAGACGUCAGAGUUCCGCAGCUACCAGGAACAGGUGCUCACCAACUCGAAGGCGCUGGCGAAGAGGUUAGGCGAGGAUAAGAGCAAGGGCGGGCUGGGCUACACGCUGGUCAGCGGCGGCACAGACAACCACCUCGUGCUGGUAGACCUGAAGCCGCAGGGCAUCGACGGCGGGCGAGUGGAGCGCGUGCUCGAGCUCGUCGGCGUCGCGGCCAACAAGAACACCGUGCCUGGCGACAAGUCCGCGCUCUCGCCCGGCGGCCUGCGCAUGGGCACGCCGGCGAUGACGACCCGCGGCUUCAGCGAGGACGACUUCUCACGCGUCGCGGACAUUGUGGACCGGGCGGUGGCAAUCGCGAGCCGGGUCAACAAGGCGGCGAGGAAGAACGCCGAGGAGAAGGGCAUCAAGCUGCCUGGCAGGCUUAAGGUGUUCCAGGAGUACCUCGGCGACGGCGAGAAUGAGCCCGAGAUCGUCCAGCUUAAGAGUGAGGUGGCCGACUGGGUUGGGACUUACCCUCUGCCUUGGGACGUGAGGUCAUAA